AUGAUGGAAUCCAGGAUCAAACGCCUGGCCACGACGCUGAUGGACGCGACGACGGAUAAGGAUCCGGAGGUGCAGGAGCAGAUCCUCAAGGCCCUUUGCUUCCUGGGAGAGUCGGAGCCGGAGGAGAUCCUCAACUCCUGCGACGAGUACCUGAGGCAGCACGACAAGUUGGCCUAUCCGCACCGCGUGAUCAUCCUCAAGGCCAUGGAGGUUGUGGUGAGGAACAACAUUGACCUCCUGGACAAGAGCACGGCCAAGGUGGUGAUUUUCUUGGCGUCCAACGAGAUGACCAAGACCAAGGACGUGGUCCCGGAGUGGCAAGAAGCUUCCAGCAAUGUCCUGGUGGCUGUGGGCCAGCGCUUCAUCAACAAGGUGAUGGAGGAGGUCUUGACCAAAUUCCAGCCGGGAAUUCUGCCCCACUACUACGUCAUGCAAACCUUCGCCAACCUCUCCGUGUCCAACGUCUUUGGGAUGGUUCCUUUCCUCAACUCCAUCCUGGGAACGAUGCUGCCCAUGCUGGGAAUGGCCAAGCAGGACCACAUGAAGUCUGUCUUCUGCUCCGCUCUGCAGCACUUCAGUGAGAGCAUCCAGGAGUACUUGGCCAACCUGGACAAGGCCCCAGACCCAACGGUGAGGAAGGACACAUUCUCCAACGAGAUCUUCUGCGCCUACGAAGUUCUGUUCAACAGCUGGUUACAGCACCGAGAGCCCAAGCUCCGACUUGCCGUGGUGGAAGCUCUUGGUCCCAUGAGUCACCUGAUGCCAAGUGAGAAGCUUGAGGAGCAGCUCCCAAAGCUCAUUCCAGGCAUCCUGGGCCUCUACAAGAAGCACUCGGAGGCUUUUUACAUCUCCAAGAGUCUCUGCCAGAUCCUGGAAGCUUCCGUGAGCAUCGGGAGCCGCAGCCUGGAUGUUCUCCUGGACUCUCUCCUGGGCUCUCUGCACCCCCAGAUCUGUGCUCCAGCAGAUCCUUCUGUCCCUCUCACUGCCAAGAACCACACGGAGAUCCUUCGCUGCUUCACUGUCCUGGCCUGUUCCUUCCCGGAUCGUGUCCUGGCGUUCCUGCUGCCCAAGCUGGAGAGCAGCACUGAGAGGACUCGAGUGGGAACUCUGCUCAUCAUGAGGCAGAUCAUCAACAGUGCCCCCUCGCAGAUGGAGAUCAAGAAGCCUUUCAUCCUCUCCUCCAUGAAGCUUCCUCUGCAGGACAACAACAACAAGGUGAAGCGCGCGGUGGUGCAGGUGAUCAGUGCCAUGGCUCACCAUGGCUACCUGGAGCAGCCUGGAGGAGAAGCCAUGAUGGAGUUCCUGGUCCGCCAAUGUGCUCUGCCCUUGGCUGGGGUCCCCAAGAAGUCUCCAGGAGAUGCUGAGGAGCUCACGAGCGACAGCGUCCAGAGCAUCAGCGUCAACACUCUCUUCCUGCUCAGCACCACCGUGGACAGGAUGAACCAC